AUAACCUCAAAGAAUAGUGGUGUUUUGGUGUUAAAUAAAAUGAUUUUUAUAUAUUAACUCCUAUAGUUGUGUAAAAGUGAUUAUAAGUUAAAAUGGAAGUGGCCGGGUUUCCAGGCUUUAUAAAAACUAUCAAUGACGGUGAAGAAGUGGAGGAUUUCUCGGAGGAAUCCGAUGUGGAAAUAGAGUAUCAACCUUCUAAGCAAAAAGUAAAGAAGAAAGCCGAUUUCAAUCCGAAGUUUCAAUUUGUUUCUUCUGUAGAGGAAUAUAACAAGAACACUUGGGACGACUUACAAAAGUAUGUGCGCAGAAAUGUAAAGCGUACAAUUGAUGAGAAGAUAGAGAGGCGGCGAGCGCAGGCCAAGGUGACAGGGUCAGCAGGAGACAUUGACACCGAUGAGGAGGACAAAGAUAGUGAUGUAGAUGAACUAGAAAUAUCGGAUGAUGAACUCAAGAAGGAUGAAAUCAAAACCAAGGAAAAGAAACUUACUAAGAAGCAGAAAUUAAAACAGGACCUCAAAGAUGAUGGUGAAGGAGCUCAAAUUGAAUAUGACUCUGAUUUCUUCGAAGAACCACCACCAUAUGAUGAACAGGCAUCUUUCUACAUGAUGAACCUGUCUCGACCGUUGCUGAAGGCUAUUGGAACACUUAACUAUGUGCAUCCUACACCCAUACAGGCAGCUACCAUACCUGUAGCUUUACUAGGCAAAGACAUCUGCGCUUGCGCAGCCACAGGCACAGGAAAAACGGCUGCGUACAUGCUGCCCAUAUUGGAGCGUCUUCUAUACAAGACAGUCGGCGGCCGGGUCACUAGAGUGCUAGUCCUUGUGCCCACCAGAGAGUUGGGCGCUCAGGUACAUACAGUGACCCGCCAGCUCUCGCAAUUCACCACCGUGACAGUAGGCUUGUCUGUCGGAGGCCUCGACGUGAAGUACCAAGAGAGCGUGUUGCGAAGGAACCCCGACGUCGUCAUAGCAACGCCGGGCCGGCUUAUAGACCAUAUUAGGAACACACCUUCCUUCAGUUUGCACUCUAUUGAAGUUUUAGUACUGGAUGAGGCUGACAGGAUGCUGGACGAAUACUUUGCUGAGCAAAUGAAGGAAAUCAUCCGGCAAUGCUCGCCAAAGCGGCAGACUAUGCUGUUCUCAGCCACCAUGAGUGAGGAGGUCAAGGACUUAGCUGCUGUGUCUCUGCAGAAGCCUGUCAAACUGUUCCUGGACUCUAAUAAGGCUGUGGCCUUCAAUCUACGUCAGGAAUUCGUCAGGAUCCGUGCAGGCAGAGAGGCGGAUCGCGAAGCGUUGCUGUGUGCGCUGGUGUGUCGUACAUUCCGCGACCGUGCGGUAGUGUUUGUGCAGACGAAGAAACAAGCUCAUAGGCUACAUGUUGCGCUCGGCUUGCUUGGCGUCAAGGUAGCCGAACUUCACGGAGCUCUCAACCAGCCUCAACGUCUCGACUCCCUGAAACGGUUCAAAGACGAACUAGUCGACGUAUUAGUGGCUACCGACGUAGCAGCGAGAGGGUUAGAUAUACCUGGAGUGAAGACAGUACUCAACUUUACCCUGCCGGCGACUUUAGAACAUUAUAUACACAGGGUGGGUCGCACAGCUCGCGCGGGCCGCGCCGGAGUCUCCGUGUCCCUGGCGGGCGAGGCGGAGCGCCAGCUCGUCAAGCUCAUAGUGAAGCGGGCUAAACGCCCCGUCAAGUCGCGCCAAGUACCGCCGGAAAUCGUCGCCAAGUAUCGGGAGAGGUUGACGAGGCUGGAGCCUGAAAUCGCCGCCAUCUUAGACGAAGAAUACGCCGAGCGCCAACUCAACAAGAUGGAGAAACAGACAGCCAAGCUCGAGGGGUCCUUGAAGAAGGAGAAGCUGGAGCCGACACGUCAGCACGAGUGGUUCCAGACACCCAAGGAAAAGAGAGAAGAGAAAGAACGACUUGCACUUACAGCUCACGUUGGGAAAGACAAACAAAAGCCCAAAGCGAAGAAACGCAAACGUGACUCCGACGAUGACGACUCCGAUUACGAAUCUGGCCGCAAGCGGGGAGGAGGGACGCGGGGAAGGGGAAGGACAAAGACAAGGGGAGGCCGAGGCCCAAGGACACCGCCGAGGAGCGCGUGCAGAGGGAGAUGGAGAAGGUGGCGCUCCUCCAGUCUCGCAUGGCCAAACGCAAGAAGAAGCAGAACCGCAUCCGCACAGUGGAAGACAACGAGGAACGUCCGCGCGUCCACAAACAGAAAACCAAACGCAAGCAAUCCAACUUCGCCAGCGACCUCACUGACACCUCUACAGCCGCCACCAAACGCUUGCGCUACGACGCUAACAGGGCACAGAAGGGCAAGCCUGUAGGACCUAAAGGUAAAGGCAAACCUGUGGGCAAAGGCCCAGGUAAAGGCAAGCCUAUGGGUAAAGGUCCUAGAGGUGGUAAGGGUAACCCGCAGAAGGGAAAAGCGUUUGGUAAACCUCAGGCACCGAAGCAGGGUGGACGUAGGAAAAAAUAAAUUGUGUUUUUGA